GCAAAGUAUUCUGUCCCUGAACCAGCACUAGAUCACCCCAUCUUCGACUUCCUUAUCCCGCGGAAGACUACUCGAAGGACUCUCCCGUGAUUCCUUUCCGCUUUUCAUCCUAUUCCCGUGGUUUUUCGUUCGUGGAGUCUAGCUGGGCAGCAGGCGCAACCCCGCCAAAAUGUCGUUAACAAACUGCCGUUUCUACGAGGAGAAGUAUCCGGAGGUUGACAGCUAUGUCAUGGUCAACGUGAAGCAGAUUGCCGAGAUGGGCGCAUACGUGAAACUUCUCGAAUAUGACAACAUCGACGGAAUGAUCCUGCUCUCGGAACUGUCGCGCAGACGUAUCCGUAGUAUCCAGAAGCUCAUCCGAAUUGGACGCAAUGAAGUCGUUAUUGUGCUCCGUGUUGAUAAGGAGAAGGGAUAUAUCGAUCUUUCCAAGCGACGAGUGUCUCCGGAAGAUGUGGUGAAGUGUGAGGAGAGAUACAACAAGAGCAAGGCAGUGCACUCCAUCAUGCGCCAUGUUGCGGAGGCCACCCAGACUCCCCUCGAGGAGCUAUAUCAGAAGAUCGGCUGGCCCUUGAACCAGAAGUACGGGCAUUCGCAUGAUGCUUUCAAGAUCUCGAUCACUAACACCGACGUGUGGAACGAUGUGGAGUUCCCCAGCGAAGCGGUGAAGAAGGAGUUGACGCACUAUAUCAGCAAGCGACUCACUCCCCACCCCACCAAGAUCCGUGCGGACAUCGAGGUCACCUGCUUCGGUUAUGAAGGAAUCGAUGCGGUCAAGAACGCCCUGCGCACUGCGGAGGCGAGCAACACCGAAGAGAGCCAAAUUAAGGUCAAGCUGGUCGCUCCUCCCCUGUAUGUCUUGACUAGCCAGUGCCUGGAUAAGGCUGUUGGUAUCAAGCAGCUCGAGGAAGCUAUCCAGAGAAUCUCGGCCGCGAUCAGGGAAGCGGGCGGUGGUUGCAUCGUCAAGAUGGAGCCUAAGGCCGUCACGGAGCACGACGAUGCUGUUCUCCAGGAGCUGAUGGAGAAGCGUGAGCGCGAGAACAUGGAGGUCAGCGGGGAUGAGAAUGACUCCGAGAGCGAUGAUGCCGGUGUUCCUGAAUAAAUCACACACAUCCCAUCUUGCAGCACCGCCUUCGGCUUAUAGCCCAUCCCGACGGAGCAAAAAAGUUUCAAAACAUCUGCACAAACAGGAGUUGGGUAGCCUUAAUAUGCCUGGGGACAAAUUGAUCCUUGGUAUUGGGUUGUCUACUUGGAGGAGGCCGACAAAAAAAGUUCAAUAGAAAGGUUUCGAUGCGAUACGAUUUAUGAGACUGGAGACGGUUUAAUGUGCUCACAGGCGCAAUCACGGGUGGCAGCGGUGGUGUUGAAUCUCAUAUGAAUGCAUAUGGUGCUACAUAUACUGUCUUCUGUACGAGAGUGGCCCUUUCCGGUCACUUGAAUAUCUGCUGGUCGGUGACUGCGCUUCGGACGAUGGUGCUUAAUUCCAUGUUCUGAUGUACAUAAGCUUUUUUGAUCUAAGCAUCAAUGCAAGUGGUACCUAUUGUUAGAGCUUAUCAAUU